AUGGAAACAUCACCGAGUUACAAUUCGUCAGACAGCUCCGACGCUUUGGAGAAAGACGAGUUCAAGAAUGUGUUGAUGCAGAUGAUGAGUUAUCUGAGAGAAAGGGCUGCUUCUAGAGACUCGUUUCGAAAGUUUGCAGUGGCGAAUGUUAGUGGUCCGGGCAAUCAACCAUCUGAAGCUAAUGAUGCUGCCGACUCAUUGCAAAUGGACUUUGAAACCAUCAGAAUGGCAACAAAUGAUUUUGCUGAUGCAAAUAAGCUUGGACAAGGUGGAUUUGGAGCCGUUUACUUGGGUAGGUUGUAUGAUGGACAAGAGAUUGCUGUAAAAAGGUUGAGCAGGAAUUCUGGCCAAGGUGAUGUGGAGUUUAAGAAUGAAGUGUUGCUAAUGGCCAGGCUACAACAUCGGAAUUUAGUCAAGCUAGUUGGUUUUUGUCUCAAGAAAGAAGAAAGGCUUCUCGUUUAUGAGUUCCUUCCUAACAAAAGCCUUGAUUACUUCAUUUUUGAGAGCAUGUUAAAUUGGCAAAAGCGUGUCAAAAUUAUAGAAGGCAUUUCUCGAGGUCUUCUUUAUCUCCAUCAAGAUUCUCGAGUACAGAUCAUUCACCGUGAUUUAAAGCCAAACAACAUACUUUUAGAUGAAGACAUGAAUGCUAAGAUCUCAGAUUUUGGUAUGGCAAGGUUGUUUGCAGUCGAUCAAACUCAAAGCAACACAAGUACAAUUGGGGGACUUAGUAAUGGAUACAUGGUACCAGAAUAUGCAAAACAUGGAAUCUUUUCAACAAAGUCAGAUGUUUUUAGUUUCGGAGUAUUGGUUUUAGAAAUUGUAAGUGGUCAAAAGAAUGGUGAAUUCCACAAUGGGGAGAACAUAGAGCAUAUAGGAACUGCUGCUUGGAAAAGUUGGAGUAAAGGAAUGUAUUCAAAUAUUGCAGAUCCAACAUUAUUGAUUGAAGAAGAAGGAUCUUCAAGAAGUGAAAUGAUGAGAUGCAUCCAAAUAUGUUUACUAUGUCUUCAAGAAAACGCAGCAGCUCAUAGGCCAUCAAUGGCUUCCAUUGUUACGUUGCUAAGUAGCUCCUCCUGUACCAUCCCAAUUCCUUCAGAACCAUUCUUUUAUAAUUGGACAAGCAUGCCAAGUAUUAAGAUUAUUCCAUCGUCAUCAUCUGGAGAUCAAUCUGUUGAAGAAUCGAGAAAUGAACUUACUUUUACAGAGCAAUUUCCUCGCUAGAUCAUCAUUUUCAAGCAUAUGUAGGGGC